AUGGGCUUGGGAGGACUGGGGGACGGACCCCUGCCACAUGGCUCCCACCAUCCCUCACUGUCACACAGCACUGUCACCCCGACACACCCACACACAGCUACCUCUAUUAACCCCUUCACCCCCAAACCAGGGUCCAUAUCCCCGCCCUCCCCUGAUCACCACACAUCACCAACAGACAGGAAGAGCAGCAGGAAGAUGGAAUUAAAAGAGUGCACCAGGAAGGAGAACUGCGAGCGCUCGGCCGAGCCCCGGCGGUUCGCCUGGGACAUCAAGCAGUGCGUCCGCCUCAGCGUCCACCCCAGCAACAUCUCCGUGUCCCAGUUCAGCGUCACGCUGAUCCUGGAGGCCCAUAACGUCCCAGAGUUGUCUGCAGGGGUCAACUGUACCUUUGAGGACCUGGCUGAGAUGGACGGUCUGGUGGAGGGGAACCGCAUCAGGUGCAGCUCGCCUGCCGAGAAGGAGGUGCCUCGCAUUAUCGUAGACAAAGCUGAUCACCAGAUAGUUCAGCUCUACCUCAAGUCCAAGGAGACAGGCCUGGUCUUCGCCAACACCAGCUUUGUCUUCUACAACUGCAGCGUCCACAAGUCGUGUUUGUCAUGUGUGAGAAGCCCCUACCAGUGCCACUGGUGUAAAUACAGACAUGACUGCACCCACGACCCACGCACCUGCUCCUUCCAGGAGGGACGAGUCAAGAAGCCAGAGGUAAUUUCAGAGGUCAAGGGUCAAGUGUAAACAUGAGUUGAUUAUGAUUAUUAUGGUCUCAUUGGCUAUUGAGAUUCAGGAUGUAGCGUCCUCAUUGGUUCACUUGUGAAUAUCUUUAAUAAUACAG